AUGUGCAGUAUCCUGGCGCAAUUGGCGGCGGCGUCUCGUUGUAUUCAGUUCACAAUGGAGGCUGGUCCAGGCCAGCGAGAGCGGUGGUUGCUGUUGCUGCUGCAACCGGAGGAGGUCGAGCAGAACUGUAACGCAAUUAAAGGAAAGACGCUGGUUUUGCGCCAUGCACCACCAAUCGCGCGAAGCCGGCGGCAGGUCAGCCUAAUUUUGGCCUACAGGCGCUCGAAGUCCCCUUCCCUUCGCCCUCAACGGCGUCAUUGCAGCAUGGACCGGACGGAUGGCCGACGACGGACACCCAAGCGUGAAAACAACUUGAAGCGUCUUCGAAAAACUACAGUACGCUCCACGGCGGCGCCAGCGACAACGACUGCGUCGCCAAUGACGAGAUUGAGCGCGCGGAGACGACGCUUCGGACUCAGCCACGAUGACACCGUCGCAUACCGUGGAGCUAAGCCACCCGAUUUCUGCUUUCCCACACUCGCCUCUGACGUAGGCCUUCCAGAUGGCGUUGCCGGCAGCGACGCCGAGUUUCGUUCAGCCGUCGGUAUUGUGUCCACGCAUACGCUUGACGAGGCUGGACAUCGGUGGUGA